ACAACUGUAUUAAACCAACUACCUUCCGUUGCUUUCUUCCACUACGUUUACUCCAACCAACUUGCCUCAAUCCCUAACCCAAUCCCUUCAAUUUAAAACCCUAGUACUUCCAUGGCUUCUUCUAUUUCUUCUUCUAUCAAUAUCUCCUCGUAUUCCUCCACACCACCUCUUUUCCACCCAAGUGCUUCUGCAUCCCAACGCUUCAAAUUGUUCAAUGGAUUGCGCCGUACAAAUGGACAUGCGUUAGAUUUCGUGUUUCUCCGACUCUCCUCUAAAUUCCCCUCUAUUCACUCUGCUAUUUCUAGAAUUGAAGCUGCAGGGGGAGAACUGCAUUCUAAUAGGCUAGGCUCUGAUGCUGCUGCCAAAAAGGUUGAAUCAGUUACGAGAAUCAAUCGGUUUUCUGAUGAAGAUGAUGAAUUUGAUCUUGACACUCCCACGCAAGGUUUUGCUUCCAUCCCGGAGGCCAUUCAAGACAUUCGCAACGGAAAGAUGGUAGUUGUUGUAGAUGACGAAGACAGAGAAAAUGAAGGAGAUUUAAUCAUGGCAGCAGAGUUAGUAACACCUGAGGCCAUGGCUUUUAUUGUUAAGCAUGGAACCGGCAUAGUCUGCAUUAGCAUGAAAGAGGAAGAUCUGGAAAGACUGGAUCUUCCACUCAUGGUAAACAGCAAGGACAAUGAUGAAAAACUGCGCACAGCAUUCACUGUGACAGUGGAUGCCAAACAUGGUACCACAACAGGGGUGUCAGCUCGUGAUCGAGCAACAACAGUCUUGGCCCUUGCAUCUAGCGAUUCUAAACCAAGUGAUUUCAAUCGCCCAGGCCAUAUUUUUCCACUAAAAUACAGGGAAGGUGGUGUGUUGAAGAGAGCAGGACACACAGAAGCUUCAGUUGAUCUUGCCAUGCUUGCUGGUUUGAAUCCAGUAGCAGUCCUAUGUGAAAUUGUUGACGAGGAUGGUUCCAUGGCACGAUUGCCUAAGCUUCGCCAGUUUGCAGAACGCACAAAUUUGAAAAUUGUAUCUAUUGCUGACUUGAUUAGAUAUAGAAGGAAAAGAGAUAAACUAAUAGAACAUGCUGGUGCUGCUGUUAUACCAACAAUGUGGGGACCAUUUAAUGCUUGCUGUUAUAGAUCACUUAUAGAUGGCGUGGAGCAUAUUGCAAUGGUUAAGGGUGACAUUGGAGAUGGACAAGAUGUUCUCGUGAGAGUACAUUCAGAGUGUCUUACGGGAGAUAUAUUUGGAUCUGCAAGAUGUGACUGUGGGAGCCAGCUUGCUAUUGCAAUGCAGCAGAUUGAGGCUGCUGGUAGAGGUGUAUUGGUGUAUCUUCGUGGACACGAGGGAAGGGGGAUUGGAUUGGGUCAUAAGCUUCGCGCUUAUAACUUGCAGGAUGAUGGACGGGACACCGUAGAAGCCAACGAAGAGUUGGGAUUGCCUGUUGACUCAAGAGAGUAUGGAAUUGGUGCACAGAUACUGAGGGACUUGGGUGUUCGUUCAAUGAAGCUGAUGACAAACAAUCCAGCAAAAUAUGUUGGGCUCAAAGGUUAUGGUUUGACAAUUUCUGGAAGGAUUCCUUUGGUAGCACUUAUUACAAAGGAAAACAGGAGAUAUUUGGAGACAAAGCGUGUGAAAAUGGGUCAUGUUUAUGGACUUAAAUCCAACAGCGAACUGAAUCCAGACAGGGGCAAUGGUAAACCCGGUGUUGAUGAUUCUAAGGGUGCAACUAGCCAAUAGCCCUCUUUUUCCCUGCCAGCUGCACAAGUGGAAGAGGAGAGUGUAAAUGUGUGUUUUUGCAGAUGGACCUAAAGAGAGAUAGAUCACUGGAAUCAUGAAUCUAUCUCUGAUUCAAAUUUUUCCAGCUAGUUGGUUGAUUUUUUCCUUGGGUGUUCUCUACUGUAUUAGGUUUGCUCAAACAGUUUUUGCUAAAGUAUAGUACCAUGUAGCAUGUAUAAUAGAUUUAGGCAUUGCUUGGACAAUUUUGCCUUUGUGGUUAUAUAUAGAGGUUUUUAAUGUUUGGCAAAAUACUUAACAUGACGUAUAAAGUUGUCGAGUUACAAUUAAGAAAAAAAAAUUGAUUAA